AGGCAGCGGCUGGGGCUGGGGCAGCCGCACAUGCUCACUGGCGGACGGGGCAUAUGCGGCGGACACCCCCCACCGGGGAGGAGCCACAGGCAGGCUGCCACCGAGCGCGGGGGGGCGAGGGGGGAGGAGGAGGAGCGGGGGGAUUAUAAGAGUCCGGGGCGCGCCCGAGGGACUCCGGACUUUAUGCGGCGCGGCUGCAAGUUGCGGAGCGCAGCGAGACUCGUGGGCAGCUCGGAGGCACGGAGCGGCGGGGAUGGCGGCCGCCACGGACCUGGAUCUGUAUUCUGGGUUCACCAUUGAAUUUCCUGAUAAUGGCACUGAUGAGCUUGGUUCCGGCCGUGACUACGGGGACUUCAAAGAGCCAUGCUUUGGGCAUGAAAAUGCUAAUUUCAACCGUAUCUUUUUGCCAGUCAUCUACUCCAUCAUCUUCCUGACCGGAAUCAUUGGCAACGGAUUGGUUAUCGUUGUCAUGGGCUACCAGAAGAAAUUAAGAAGCAUGACCGACAAAUACAGGUUGCACCUUUCAGUGGCUGACCUCCUGUUUGUCAUCACUUUGCCAUUCUGGUCUGUGGAUGCAGCUAUAAGCUGGUACUUCGGGAGCUUUCUGUGCAAGACAGUCCAUGUCAUUUACACUGUCAACCUAUACAGCAGUGUCCUGAUUUUGGCCUUCAUAAGUUUAGAUCGUUACCUGGCGAUAGUCCAUGCUACCAAUAGCCAGAGACCAAGAAAGCUGUUAGCUGAAAAGGUAGUGUACGUAGGCGUGUGGCUACCAGCCAUGCUUUUGACAGUGCCUGAUAUAAUCUUUGCCAGUACUAGUGAAGUAGAUGGAAGGUAUGUAUGUGAUCGCGUCUACCCUCAUGACAACUGGCUGAUUUCAUUCAGAUUUCAGCACAUUUUGGUAGGAUUUGUGUUGCCUGGUCUAAUAAUCCUGAUUUGCUACUGUAUUAUAAUUUCUAAGCUGUCACACUCCAAGGGUCACCAGAAGCGCAAAGCAUUGAAGACUACAGUCAUUCUCAUCCUUGCCUUUUUUGCCUGCUGGCUGCCUUACUACAUUGGCAUCAGCACAGACACCUUCAUCCUGCUUGGAGUCAUCAGGCAUGACUGCAGCUUUGAGACGAUAGUACACAAAUGGAUCUCUAUUACAGAAGCCAUAGCAUUUUUCCACUGUUGCCUGAAUCCGAUUCUUUAUGCCUUCUUGGGUGCCAAAUUCAAAACAUCAGCACAAAAUGCCUUGACAUCAGUUAGCAGAGGAUCGAGCCUUAAGAUCCUUUCCAAAGGCAAACGUGGGGGACAUUCUUCUGUUUCUACAGAGUCAGAGUCUUCAAGUUUUCAUUCCAGCUAACACAGUCUCCUCAUCAUUUUGUAAUAAAGAACAUUUUUUUAAAAAAGUUACACAAGAUUUCAGAAAAAACAAGACUGACCAUAAUGUACAGUUUUAUUUACGGUUGGAAUUUUAUAUUUUCUUUUAGUUUCUGUGAAGUUCAAUUGACUUAUUUAUAUAAACACUUUCUUGUUGAUGGCAAAGUGUCUAGGCAGGACCUGUGGACAAGUGGUUAGUUCAUGAAGUUUUAGUGCUUGUCUGGUUGUAUAGAUACGUGAACUAAACACUUUUAGAGUGUAGAAAGUUACUGUUUAAAAUUUAGAAAAUGUUUUUCUGUUGUUUGUAUGUAAAUGUUCCAAAUGUGUUCCUGUUAAAAAUUCUUUUGAUUGAUAUUCAAGAAUUCCCCCUCACCUCCCAAGCUGUUUGGUUUACAAUAGUUUAAUUCUGCUGUAGACAAUGUCACUUAUAACCAAAGCCUCUUCUGUCAAAUGUUAGAUUUUUUUUUUUUCCAAUUCUCAGUAAUGGAUUGGUUUGCAAAACUCUGCUGUGUAAGGUUGUUAAUAAAAGUACAUGAUAAAAAUA